AUGAGAAGACAGAAGAAGCUGGGGAAACGCUCGGGUAAAAAGGUCCGAACAGAACAAAGAUAUCCUGCAUGCGCCGGGAAGAGGGGGGAGAGGGUGAACCAAGUUCACAAGAAGACAAUAAGAGCGAGCGGCCUUGUCGAGGCCAGCCCGGGCUUGAGGGCAAACAGCGUGAAGAGUGCGACGCCCACUAAGGGGCCCCUUGGGAAAAGAGGCAGUGAUGAGCGGGGACGGCCAUGGACAGAGGCCCUCGUUUUGCAUUCAUCCGGGCGGUUAGAACUGCACCCCCUGUCCAGCGAAUCACAGCGCCAGACCGCCAUCCCGAACAAGCACCAGGCCAGUGUGAUUGGACAUCGCACUCUGGCAUCAGCGAGGUUGCUGAAGAACCAGCCUGCAGCGGGCAUGGGUGGUCGCGAGCGCAAUGCAGCUGUGGGCUCGCGAAGUCAGCGAUUUGGUUCCCGGCGCUAG